CCCCGCCUCUUCCGGUCAUGUGACGCGGUGGAUUGUUUGGGGCCGCGCGGCUUUCUCUGUUGGCGGGUAUCUGUGGACACAGAGAGAGAGAGAGCAGCUGUUGAGACCCCGAGACGCUCAAACUGCCCUCUGCACUGAUCUUAACAAAAUGUCUGAGUGGAACAAAGACAAGAGAUGUGAAGUGGAUACCAGAGAACAUGAAGACAGGAGCCACGGGUCGUCUCGGUGGUCUCACUGCAGGAAGAGAGGGAUCGACGGAAGUAUGAGGACCAAGAGAGACGCAGAGGGCAACGAGAAAGGACGCAACGAUAACAAGCGUGACAACAGAAACGACAGCUUCACCACUCCAGAGAGCGCCGGCCCCGUGUCUCGCUGCGGACGGCAGUCAGACUGGGGGAGUCAGGUGGAGGACGAGGAGGAGAUGAGGAAGAGCGUGCACAGAGACAUGCAGCGUUACAGGAGGAGGAUACUGGGAGGAGACGCCACACAGAGGGAGAGACGAACCUCCUCCGGCUCCUCAGAGAGCUGUGACUCCAGAGAGGGAGACAGCAUGGAGACCGACGAGGAGGUGCUGCUGCGCCGGCAGAAGCAGAUCAACUAUGGCAAGAACACUUUGGCCUACGACCGGUACACUAACGAAGUGCCCAAACACAUGCGCCAGUCUGGAGUUCACCCCAAGACUCCCAACAAGUUCAGGAAGUACAGCCGGCGCUCGUGGGACCAGCAGAUCAAACUGUGGAAGGUGAAGCUGCACGCCUGGGACCCUCCCACUGAGGAAGGGGGGCAGGACAAAACCCAGCAGGAGAUAGACGAGCUGGGUCUGGAUGAUGUCAUGGACAUCGAGCUGGACUUCCCAUCCCUGUCAGACUCCCAGGACGCACCUGCUCCUCUCAGCACUCGCAGCCUGCCUCUGGAGGACGAAGACUGUAUGGGAACUCCUGUUAAAGUCCAGAAGACGGAGACCACGGCAGACCCCGACAUGUCUUAGCUCUUCAACGACUCAGCGAUGACCUGCUUCAUCCAUCAAGCCCCUACACAGCCCUCCAUGUUACCCACAAUGCACCUGUUCCAGUUCUGCUCAGAGCGGUGCUGCGUGCGAGUCUCAGCUGAUGUUUCUUCUCUCUUCUUUGAUUUUCGGCUCACUAAUCCAGAGGUUCGGACUUUUUACGGAUUAAUAAUCUGCUCAGGGACUUUUUCACUCUGCCUGUUCUCCUUAAAGCACUGACAGAGCGGGCUGAGAGUCCACCGUGUUCGUCUUAUCACAGCGUCAGAUAAACGGUCAGGACUCAGAGGUCGGCUCACUGACGGGUCAGAGCGGGCGAACAAACAGUUUUUACUUUCAUGAAUCAGACGGCGUGUGUUAUUUUUGGAUUGUGGACAUUUUAAAGCUGCAGAGUGUUUUCUGUCUGAGCUGUUGGUUGAAUUUAACUUUGGUUGUUUUUUAUUCUGAUGUUGCUGUUUCUUAUUGAUGUUUUCCUCACGGUGAAGAUUUGAAAUAAAAAAAGAAAAACCUCA